CCCUCGUAUAUAAUACGUACGUGCUUUUCAAACAAAAAUAUAACAAUGAAUGUAUCAAGUGCAGAUGAAAAUAAGAAAUGCGAGGAAGACAAACGUCCUGCGUGUCGAUACUGGAGAAACUGUUAUCAAAAAAACGCCGGACAUCGGCGAAAAUUCAGACACCCAUCUCCUGAUUUGCAGAAUGACAAUAAAGUAUCAGAACCAGCAACGAAAAAAAAAAAAAUUCAACGUGAUGAAGAUUCAACUGUUAAAGACACACCACAGACUAAAAAACAGUCUGCAUCUACAGAAGAGAUUCAAAAGACUGUUAAAGUUGAGAAUUCCAUUGUAGAAAAAACAGAUAAAGACUCAAAUUCCAAUAACGAAAAAACUGAAAAAUGUUUAGAUUCUAGUAAAGAACAAAUUAAUGCAAUAGUUAAAACUCCUAAGGUCGAACCAAGCCCUCCGAAUGCAGAUGUAAGUUCUAACAAUAGUAUUGAAGAUGAUAAUGAUGAAGAUCUGCAUAGUGAAUCUGCAAAACUGAUUCGCCAAAUAUUUCUUGUUAAUAUGCCUCAAGAUUUUUAUAAAUUUUAUGACUUUUGUACUGAAAUAAAGUCAAGUGAUCCUACUACUGCACUAAAAAUAGCUGAUCUUAAAUUAGUUGGACCAUAUGAUGUAUUAUCAGGUGAAAUUACAGCAAAAACACCUAAUCAAGAAAAGUUACUAGUACACUGGAGAUAUUAUUAUGAUCCUCCAGAGUUCCAGACAAUUGUAAAAGGAAAUGAUAGAGAAGGUUUACAUUUUGGUUACUGGAGAGACAGGCCUAGUUCAGAUCCUGUUUUUGUUGCGACGAAUUGUUCAAACGUUAGUCACAAAAUCAAACCUCUAGCUGAAAAUAUUUUUGGUGCUACAGUUGCUUACAUAGAAGAACGAGCAAAGAAGGCAAAUCCUUUUGAAAAAACAAGUUUUUUCAAUCUUCUGGGAAAAUUAAAAGCUUAUACAAAAAAGCACAAUAUUUCAUUAGAAACCUUAUCUGCUAAAAUGAAAUCAAGAGAAAAAAAUGUGGUUGCUAGGACAAUUCACGGGGCUGGCAUUGUAUGUCCAUAUAACAAGAAAACUCAAGUUGGAUAUAGAGAGCUAUCUGUGACUGACAAUCAACUGUUAAAAAUAGUUAAAAAAAUUGAAGACGCUAAAGACGACAUAGAAAGAGCAAGUCCACGAGCAGAACUCAGCGAAGUUAUCAGGCUGGCUACCAUUGCUGGAGAUGAAUGUGAUUUUGGUACUUGUCUUGAGUUAGGGCACGAUUUACUAAGUACUGGCUGUGCACAUGUUCAGAAUGCUGCUUUAGCAGUGUUGUCUAUAGCUUACUCACAACUUGAACGAACCGAAUUUUUAACGAUCGUUGAAGCGCAUAUGAAAGACAGAAAAAAAAGCAGUAAUUGUAGUGCGCUCCAAUCUCGAAAAUCGAUUGAAUCAUUAUCCUGAAGUAUUUAUAAUACAAGUAAUUUUACUGUAAGCUUUAUA